AUUAACAACAGUAAUUCCUGUGAAAUGAUAACACUUUUUAACCUGUGUCGUCGGUGCAUGUAACAGCUGUCACUAUUUGCAACCUUUUUGGGAAUGCAGACUGCCGGGAACCGGUUAAAGCCUUGCUUAUAUCGCCUUUGGCACGCCGUUGAGACCAGUCCAGUAGCGCGACUAACAACACAGUCUGGAGCUGCUUUGGUUCAGGCAGAGUCGAGUCCGUCGUCGCAGCCCCUUCCCGGCUAUAAGCGCCUUAACUUAUGUAAUGCCGUAAAUGAUGCGAUGCUUAUUGCUCUUGACACAAACGAAAGGUCCUACGUUUUCGGCGAAGACGUAGCAUUCGGCGGAGUCUUUCGCUGCACCGUGGGGCUUUUAGAACGCUUUGGCAAGGAACGCGUCUUCAACACUCCUCUGUCAGAACAGGGCAUCGUUGGCUUCGGUGUGGGCUUGGCCUCGCAAGGCCACACCGCGGUGGCUGAGAUCCAGUUCGCCGACUACAUCUUCCCGGCAUUCGAUCAGCUGGUCAAUGAGGCCGCCAAGUACCGCUACCGCAGCGGCGGCGGUUUCAACUGCGGCGGCCUCACGGUGCGGGCGCCGUACGGUGCGGUGGGGCACGGCGGCCACUACCACAGCCAGAGCCCCGAGGCCUUCUUCACGCACGUUCCCGGCCUCAAGGUGGUGGUGCCCAGCAGCCCAACGGAGGCCAAGGGUCUGCUGCUAGCUGCCAUUCGGGAGCCCGACCCGGUGGUGUUCUUCGAGCCCAAGAUGAUGUAUCGUACGGCGGUGGAGGAUGUCCCGGAGGGUGACUUCAUGUUACCUCUGGGGGAGGCGAGGGUGCUGCGCGAGGGGGGCGACAUCACCCUGGUGGGAUGGGGGCAGCAGGUGAAGGUGUUGCUGCAGGCGGCUGACCAGCUGCAGUCGGCGGAGGGGGUGGGCUGCGAGGUGAUCGACCUGCGCACCCUGGCACCCUGGGACUCCGAGACCGUGUGUGCCUCCGUGAGCCGCACGGGCCGGCUGCUGGUGGCGCAUGAGGCGCCGCUGACGGCGGGGUUCGGAGCGGAGGUGGCGGCAACGGUGGCCAACAGGUGUUUCACGCGGUUGGAGUCGCCCCCGGUGCGUGUGUGCGGCGCCGACACGCCCUUCCCGCUGGUGUUUGAGCCCGUGUACCUUCCUGGGGUGGAGCGGGUGAUGGAGGGGGUGCGGCAGGCCCUGGAGUUCUGAGGCGGCAGGCGGGGGAGGGGCGGGGGGAGGGGGCGUGCAUGUUGGGGGUUGGGGGGGCGCGGUGGAUAUACGCACGCACGCGCUGAUGCUGGGCUGAGGCUUUCGCUUUGUGGCUUGUUAUAACAGGAGUGGGUAUGUUGUUGGGUUUAUUCAGGUAAAUCCGCAACGGAUGGUAAGCAUGGUAAGAAGUAAAAGACGUGCGGGAAAGACGACAGGGACAAUAAGUCAGGGUCUUGCGCCGGAGGCGAUGUUGCUGUUAAAAGACCCCUGCUGUAAAUAUAUAGCCAAUAUAGAUACAGCGGGUAGUGCGGUAACCGGAGGGAAGAGGUUGCUGGGUACUGACAAGAUGUUGAGAUUUAGUUGGCAAAGUUGUGUGUGUUUUCAUGAUCUCCGUUGUACGGUUGCUUGCUUGGUUGCUUCUCGGAAGGGCUCUCGCCGUCUGUAUCAAAGUGUUCCCGUACCAUACUCUUUUUUGUUGUACAGUAGCUGCGGUCGUGUUGUACAAUAGUGUACCUGUACGUAUUACUACCGUACAGCUGUUGUAGCUUUAUUUAUCGAAGGAAGUCAAGGCUCGUGUUUAUACCCCAUGGAUUUAUCCUGUAGAGCAACGGUUUUGGUUGUGCGGCUAAUAGACUUGAUAAGGUGUGUAGCGCUGGGGACCUGGGGUGGUAUCUGUAUGGUAUGAAGGUGCGCAGGUGAUGGGAGGGAAGACCUCCAACAACCGGACAGCCCUCUAACCGGACACCCAUGUAACCGAACACCUGGCUAA